CGCCACGCGUCACCCAAAACAAACGCCAGCAAUUAUCACUCACCUCCCUCCAAAAUCCAUAUAUGCUAAUCCUUCAUCACUUGACGACUUCCAAAGUCAACGCAAGAUUGAGAGAAAAACACACACACACAAAUGCAGUCCAGAUUAGCAAUCGCCGCGGCAAGACUCAACCGCCUCAUACUCUCCGGCAGCCAAAAACACCAUCUGACUCAACGGCUUGGCUGCACCACCACCACCGGGCGUACAGCGGAUCCCGCCGAGCACGCGGUGGAUCACGAUGAGGUGUACCCAACGGAAGCAAUAGAGGACGAAAAACGCCGCCACCCUAAGGACGAAGCUACCGUCGCCAAGGACCACCAGCCUUACGUCCCCCCAAAAUCACCAAUCGCAUCCACUCCAAAAAUCGAACACCCCGGAAUCGGGCCACAAACCGAUCCUAUCCUACAGCAGAAACGCCGGAUCUCCACAAAUUCCGGCGAUAUCGUCUGCGCCGCCGGGCCGGAGGCGCCGGCGCCGGCGGAUACUGACCGGAAAAGGCAGGAGGAGGACAACGUGGAGUACUUCAAGCACCACAAAGCAUCCGCAUUAUCGGAAAUCGAGAUAGCCGACACGAGGAAGCCGAUUACCCGAGCAACGGAUGGAACUGUACAGAACGAGAUCGUGGGGAAAGAGGGGACGGGAUUUGUGGUGUGGCGGCCGGAACAGCUGGACACGGCUGAGGAUUCGCUCAGAAGGGCGGCGGAGAUUUUCCGAUGGAAUGCGGUUAGGGGAGAUCCGGAUUCUCCACAUGGAAGGGUACUGAGAGAGCUUCGCGGUGAAUAUUGGUGAGACUGAUGGUUGAGGACACUUGUUGUUUAUUAUGUCGUUUUGUUUGAUUGACUGGAGUUGGAAUGUGACUAUUGUAAUGAGUCGUAAGGGGUGGUUUAUUGAGAACUAGGUACCUGUUCAAUAUGUCUGAAUUAUAAGUUGGUAUAAUAUACUAGUAAUUAGAUUCUCCUUUUUAUCCUUCCUGAUUUGUAUACGCUAUACUCUAUAUAUACUCAAGUGUUCACGUUGAGAAAGAAGUAAGAAAAAUGAUCAAUGAGAUUGCAACA